UCCACCGCAGUCCCGGUCAACGUGAGGGUAGCAGGAGAAAUCACCCUUUUUACUGGGCUCUGCGGGGACAGACCCAAGAUGCUAAGGACCCUGAUGCUGGGCAGGAGCCCCCUGAAGUCCUCAGGUUUCCCCACCAUGGUCAAGCAGGGGUGGGGGACUCUGCGACGCCACCUACUAAGGCCCAAGCGACCAUGCUCCCAGGAUUCCUGUGCACAGAAAAAUAGGAGUAAUGCUCUGCACCCCCUCUGGAAGGGCACAGGCUCCGUGCCAGGGGGCUCCCGGCAGUCCCCCAUCAACAUCUGCUGCAGGGACAGUGUCUACGACCCCAGGCUACCGCCUCUUCGGGUCUCCUAUAACGCUGCAGCCUGCCUCCACAUCUGGAACACCGGCUACUUCUUCCAGGUGGAGUUUGACGAUGCCACCAAGGGGUCAGGAAUUAGCGGCGGCCCCUUGGAAAACCACUACCAGCUAAAGCAGUUCCACUUCCACUGGGGAGCAAUGGAUGAGUGGGGCUCGGAGCAUGCGGUGGACGACCACGUGUACCCAGCAGAGUGCAUGUGUCUGGGAACACGGAGACCUGGGAGUGAAGAGCCACCCAGAGCACAGCUGCAUUUAGUUCACUGGAAUUCUGUGAAAUACCAACACUACAAAGAAGCUGUACUGGGAGAGAAUGGCUUGGCUGUGAUAGGCGUAUUUUUAAAGCUGGGGGCCCAUCACGAAGCACUGCAGACGUUGGUGGAGGUCCUGCCGGAAAUAAAACAUAAGUGGGAUGUACAUUUUAGAGAAGAGAACCACAAAGGCUUACGGCAGAGGCGCCCAUCCGCCAGGAGCUGGACUGUCUGUAUCCGUGAUGGCUGGUGGUCCAGAUCGUGCCCUGGGCUCCCACCUAACACUCCAGCCAGCGGGGCCUACAGCCUUGUACAGAAGGGGCCCUGAUUGGCUUUGGGGCCCCACCUGGCUUUGGGGGCCCCGCUGGGGAAGAGCUUUCUGUAUCAUAGGCUGUUCUGAAUGCUAAAUGCUUCCGGGACAGGACACACAACUCUCGGGGACCUUACCAGAAACACAUAGAUAAUUGGCAAGUAACUGUCAGUGAGCAGAGUGCUGCCUUCGCAUCCACCCUGCAGCCCACACGGAGGGAGGAACUAGUCCUGGCUUUUAAAAAAUUAUUAUUAUAUUUUAUUGUUUGUGCUAUUACAGUUGUCCCAAUUUUCCCCCUUUGUCCCCCUCCACCCAGCCACCCACUCCCUCAGGCAAUGCCCACACCAUUGUCCACAUCCAUUGGUCAUGCAUAGAAGUUCUUUGGCUACUCUGUUCCCUAACUGCACUUUACAUCCCCCCGGCUAUUCUGUAAUGACCUAUUUGUGCUUCUUCAUCCCCUCACCUCUUCACCCACCCCUCACACCCCUCCCAUCUGGCAACCAUCUAAAUGCUCUCUGUAUCCAUGAUUGUUUCUGUUCUGCUUGUUUAUUUUGUUUUUUAGAUUCAAUCAUUGAUAGAUAUGUAUGUAUUGCCACUUUACUGUUCAUAUUUUUUAUCUUCUUAAAGAAGAUCUUUUAACAUUUCAUAUAAUAAUGGCUUGGUAGCGAUGAAUUCCUUUAGCUUUUUCUUGUCUGGGAAGCACUUUUUCUGCCCUUCCAUUCUAAGUGACAGCUUUGCUGGACAGAGUCAUCUCGGAUGUAGGUCCUCGCUCUUCAUCACUUUGAAUAGUUCUUGCCUAUCCCUUUCAGCCCACCAAGUAUCUUUUGAAAAAUCAGCAGACAGUCCUAUUAGAGCUCUCUUGUAGGUGACUAACUGCUUUUCUCUUGUAUUUAAGCUUUCACAUUUUGGUUAAUAUGUGUCUUGGUGUGGACCUCUUUGGAUUUCUUUCUGUUCUUUGGGUUCUCUGCGCUUUCUGUACUUGCAAGUCUGCUUCCCUCAUCGAGCGAGGGAAGUUUUCUGUCAUUUCUUCAGAUGGGUCUCCAAUUUCUUGUUCUUUCUCUUCUCCUUCCAACUCUGAGGCAGACCUCCCGCAGCGCCCGGGUUCUGCCACUGUCUAACUGGAUUUGAGAAAGUCAUUUUCAUCUAUCUCACCUUCUUCGUCAAUAACAUAAAAAUACCCCUUAAAGGGUGGUUCUGAAAAUUCAAGGCAAUAGUCUCAGAAGCCGUUUGGCAGCCUGUGGGGCUGGGCACUAGGGGGAGGAGAGGAGUACACCCACUAGUACCUUUUGAAUUUUGUCCUGUGUACAUAGGUGACCUGUUUCCUUCAGGAAUUAAGUAGAGCAAAAAUGGAAUGAAUACCCUGCAGCCCUAAAAAAGAAUGAAACAGCAACACACACUACCCCGUGGAUGAGCCUUGACAAUAUAAGCUGAGCGAGAGAAGCCAGUCACAAAAGUCCAACCACUGUAUGGUCCCACUCAGGGGAAAUGUCCAGCACAGGCAGAUCCCCGUGGGUGGAGAGCAGGUCAGCGGGGCCCUUGGCAGAGUGGGGCGGCAUGGAGAGGUUGGGGCAGCAAGAGCCAUACAGCAUUUACUGAGGCUCCUUUUUAUUUCUGGAGUUCUUUUUUGAAGUGAUGAAAACAUUCUAAACUUGACUGUGGUGACUGAGAGCUGCACAUGCCUCUCUGUGAAUAUACUAAAAGCCAUAAAUUGCAUACUUUGUUUUUUUUUUAUUUUUACUUAUUUACUUUUACAGA